UGGAGACAGAGAUGUGGAGGGAGAAAGAGACCAGAGCCCCGAGGCGUCCUUCAAAGCGGUGGGGGCCGGCCUUGAACCUGGGUCGAGUCCCCAGCAGAGCAUCAGGCAGAAUGAAGACAUUUGAACAUGAGCCCUGUGCAGCCCUGAGUCCCCACCACAAGCCGAGUCUGGUAACCCCAUCUUGGCAUGAGCAGUGGCCUGAGAGCAGCCCCCCACCCCAGACACAGUAGAGACCAUCAGCCAUGAACCAGCGCCACGGGGCCUCCUGGGGGACCAAGACUUCAUGGAAGCCGGACCCACUGAGUCCAUGGGGCCGGGGACUGUGGGGGCCGGCUGUGGCGGGCAGUGACAGGCGGGCACCCCCCCGGGCGUCCCCAUGGCCUCGAGGCGCUGGGGGGCGCUGUGGGCGCUGGCGGCCCUGCUGGCCCACGCGGGCGGGCCGGCGCGCGCCGACUGCUGGCUCAUUGAGGGCGACAAGGGCUUCGUGUGGCUGGCCAUCUGCAGCCAGAACCAGCCGCCCUACGAGGCGGUGCCUCAGCACAUCAACAACACCGUGGUGGACCUGCGGCUGAAUGAGAACCGCAUCCGUGCCCUGCCCUCCGCCGCGCUCAGCCGCUUUGCCAACCUCACGUACCUCAACCUCACCAAGAACGAGAUCGGCUACGUGGAGGAUGGCGCCUUCUCGGGCCAGUUCAACCUGCAGGUGCUCCAGCUGGGUUACAACCGGCUGCGGAACCUGACCGAGGGUGUGCUGCGGGGGCUGGCCAGGCUGGAGUACCUGUAUCUUCAGGCCAACCUCAUCGAGCUGGUGACACCGGGCGCCUUCCGGGACUGCCCCAGCCUGGUCAAUGUGGACCUAUCCCUGAACCGCAUCCAGCGGCUGCAUGGUGCCACCUUCGCGGGCCUGGCACGGCUGUCAGUGUGCGAGCUGUACAGCAACCCCUUCUUCUGCUCCUGCGAGCUGCUGGGCUUCCUGCGCUGGCUGGCUCACUUCGCCAACGCCACCCAUGCUGCCUCGGAGCGUGUGCAGUGCGAGUCCCCACCACCCUACGCUGGCUACUUCCUGCUGGGCCGUGGUCACUCGGGGCCGCCCCGCAGCAUCCUGGCCAAGCUGCUGUCUGUCUGCACCGAUGGCGGUGAGUCCCCCGUGCCCCCCGAGCCCCGCCCCCCACCAGGCCGCUCGCCGGCGCCCCCGCCUGCCCCACCCGCGGAGCCCAGCUGGGCACCCUGCGCCGACGACGACAGCUGCUUCUCGGGAGAUGGCACCACGCCGCCCACCCCACCGCCCACGCGGGCCCUGCCGGCUGAGAGCCGGCCGCUGCUGAUGGUCAAGCAGCUGACAGCCAGCUCGGCCACACUGUGGGUGCAGCUGCCCAGCCCCUUCACGCGCAUGUACACGCUGGCCCGCUUCCAGGACAGCCGGCCGGCCACGGUGUCGCGGCUGACCAAGGCACAGGAGGAGAUCCGGCUGGCCGGCCUGCAGGCCCGUACCAACUACACCUACUGUGUGGUGUCCACCAGCGCCGGCUUGCACCACAACCACACCUGCCUGACACUGGGCCUGCCGCGCCCGCCCGCGGCACCCGCCCCCGCGCCCGGGCCUGCGGGUGCCACCCAGUCGGUGGUGGCCGUCCUGGGCUGCCUGUUCGGGUUGCUGCUGGCUCUGGGUGCCCUGCACUGCUGCCUGCGCCGGCGCCGGCGCCGGGGGGAGAAGCAUGCACAGGCGGCCGCAGCCUCUGCUGGUGGUCUGGCCAAGACCAUCAUCGAGCUGCAGUACGGGGCGGAGGCCGAGGCGGCUGGCUUGGCCCCCGGUGCGCUGCUGGGCCCUGAGGCGCUGGCCCGUGUGCCCUUCCCGCCGGCUGAGGCAGAGCCGGCUGAAGCAACCAAGGCCAAGGCCGGCUACAUGGAAGUGCGCACUGCUGAGGCUGAGCGCCGGGAGGGGGUGCCGGGCCCCGACGGCCAGGCCUCGGCUGCCGAGAUCUGCACCAUUGCCAAGGAGGUGGAUAAGGUCAACCAGAUCAUCAACAACUGCAUUGACGCACUCAAGGCUGAGGCUGCCGCCUUCCCAGGUGCCAAGGCUGCCCCAGGGCCUGAGCCGCUGGCCGGCACUCACAGCUUCCUGGCCGCCUUCCCGGACACAUUCGCCCGUGGGCAGCCCACGCGCGGGCUGGCCCCUGGCUCCCUGCGGGCUCCCGCCGAGCCCCAGUAUGUGGAGCGGGGUUCGCCGCCCCCGCCCCUCCUCGCCGCGUCUGCCGCCCUGCUGCGCGAGCCUGACAAGGCCCGGGCCUACGCUGAGCACCGGCACUCGUACCCCGGCCCACAUGCCCAGCCGCCCCUGCUGCCCCCUGAGGGGCCGGGGGGCCGCAAGGCCUCCAUCCUGGAGCCCCUGACCCGGCCGCGGCUGCGGGACCCUGCCUACUCGCCACUGUCCCCCCAGUACCGCGCGGCCAGCUACGUGUCUGAGGGCCCGGCCCGUGCCUCCCUGGGCAUCUGGGAGCGGUUGCGCCUGGGCCGCCGGCGGGCCAGGGACGGGGACGAGGACGACUGCGUGGCGGCUGGGCAUGCCCUGCGCAGGAAGGUCCAGUUUGCCAAGGAUGAGGACCUGCAUGACAUCCUGGACUACUGGAAGGGUGUGUCUGCACAGCACAAGGCCUGAGCGCCCCUCACGCUCAGCUCACACUCACACAUGACACACAGGCAGACACACUCACACACGCAGAGGCAGCACAUACACGCGCUCACACUGGCAUGAUAAUGGACACGCUCACACACAGACGUUACACACGGACGUGGACAGCACAUACGGACACACACACAUGUACAGUCUGUCCCAGGGCUGGGCCCUAGGGACGGUGGGUGGGGAGCCGACUGCCACAACAGAGUACCCCCCACCUGCACCCAAGACUGAGCGGGUGAACACACACAUACACAAGGGACUUCGGAAAACUGUGUCUUAGGGCUGGGGGUGGGGUAGGGUUUCUCUCUUCCUGGCUCUCUGCCUCCUCUCUCUUUUUCUCUAUGUUCCUCCUUUUUAAGAAAAAUAAUAAUAUAGGUCCAGUUCUCUCAUGGACAUGGGGUGUCAGGCCCGGCCACCUGCCCACAGGACACUGGGCCCUGGGACUGCGCUGGAAGGGUGGCGGGGCCCUGCCCCUGGAAGCGGUUCUGCUGUACAGAAAAGUCUAUAUUUGCAUUGUUUGCUGUAAGCCGAGACGAGAAAGACCGUGUCUACUAAAGAAACUGCCAGGAAACAC